GCACCUGCGCCUGGAGGCGCCCGAGCCGUCCGACUGGCGCUACAUCCAAUCGACAAUGGACAGGGAGUGCAGGAGGCUGGGGGCGCAGGGGGGCGUCAAAGUUGUGGGGUCGGGGCCGGGGGCGCGGCUGGCGCUGCAGGAGGGCGGGGGAGCAGGGGCCGACAGGUGAUUAAGGGACGGGCCCCCGGCUGCGCGGGCGGCUCA